AUGUACAACGCCAAUGAAUUUGGAUCUCGCUUUCGCCUCGACAGCGAACCGAGCACGGCGAUAUCGCGUAUUCCCGACCGCAUCGCAGUACGAACCGUGGUGAUGGAAGCGCUCCGAGAAUACGUGGCACUCGGAACCCGAGGACCGAUGGCGGACGACGAAUAUAACAAUAAACUCAGAAGUUUGCAGCAGUACAUACCAUUUCUAGAAAACAUGAUUACUCAACUUAAAGAUCCUAGUAAGAAGAAUAGAGAACAACAGCUCAAUAAAAUGGAAUCUUUAUAUGCAAUGAUAACAGAUAAGAAAAAAAAGUUGAAACUUGAAACACUUAAUAAGUGCGAAGACGUUAUCACUAAAUUAUUCGAAAAAGUUAAUCACAAAACGCUUAACAUAAAUACUGUAAAGAAAGAUCAAACGUACAGUCCCCAAUCGACUCCCGCUAGUCCUUCGCCAGAACCGAAUGAUUACGUUAAUCCCACGACUAUUCCAACGGAAAGAUUGGAACCAAAGUCGCACCUUCCCAAAGUGGAUAUUUACAGCAGUGCUGCAGAAAGUUUAAGAAAGCUUAAUACAUGCAACAAAGAAUCCCUCCCCGCCUUUUCGGCGAAAUGCCCCGAUUUGACCAAACCUCCCAUUAGCCUUGAUGAUUUGAGAUGUUUAGAAGUUGACGUUCAGGUAAAAAUAAACGAAAACGCUUCGCUAAGCGAACUCAAGAAAAUGAGAAACAAAAUCGCCACGGAACUGAUGUUCGAAGAUAUUAAAUCAAUUUCUAAACCCGGUAAUGCGGAGUCGAGUCGAUCGGGAUUGGAUAGGUCGAAUAAGCCUAGUACGGUUGCUUGUAGUGGAUCGUCGAGUGAUAAGAUCUGUACGAAGAAAUUCGAACCUAUUACAAUAAAACCAAAGCCGGUUCCGAGAACUUUGAAAGAACCGCAUAGUGUAUUCGGUAAUGUUCUGUCGAACAUCGAUGAGAAGCUUUACGAAGAGAACAAAAAGAAGACUGAGCGACGCAGCUCUGCGAGCAAAGAGGAGAGUAUUACCAAAGAUAAUGAAAGUAAAAGGGAGAGGAGGCAUUCCAAAGAGACAAGAGUAGAAAAAGAUGAGAAAAAAGGUAAAAAUAUUCGCAGCGAUGAUAAAGGCAGCAAAGAUCGAACAACCGACAGGAAAGACAGCAAAGAGGAAAACAUUAUUUGCAUAGACAAAACUGCAGAGAGCAACACAACCAAAUCCAAUACUGAACCAUCUUCUAAUGUUAAAAAUACAAAAUAUUACGAUUUGACGGGUACAAAAUCGUUCAAGGGAAAGGAAAGUCCUUGUGCUAAAACACAAACACUCAGUACAUCAAGCAUAAACAGAACCGUAAUUAUCAUCGAUGAUGAUGAUUCACCAGCGAACGACAAAAAUGAUCAACCUAUUGUAAUAGAUGAUAAUAGCAGCCCGAAUUCAAAAAGAGAAGAAAGCGACAGAGCGAAGACUGACCAAUCGCAAACGACGCAGGAAUUUAGAAGGUUAGCGGAUAAAUAUAACCCGAAACCUCGGAAACGUUCCGUCGAUGUCAUCAAUGUAGAAGAAGAAAUAGUGAACGUAAUGUCACCAAUACCGUCAAUAACAAUCAGUCCCGAUCCUCCACCACAUCUAGCAACAUGUACUUCGCAACCAUUCGACAAGGAAUUCGUUCCGUUUAAAACGAAUUCUUCAUUACCAGCUCAACCAAGGCCGUUUGUUACCUCAGCCAUACCAAAUCAAGUUCAAUCCUCUCAUCAAUCUACGAUGGACAAUUUCGUAUCCGAAUAUGCCAGAGAAGAAUUUCAAUCGGUUAAUCGCAGACCAAAUCACUUGAACGUUCCGCUAGGGCAUUCGCCAAUUUUGAUGUCUCCAAAAGAUAAUUUCCCUUCGGAUAGUACCAGGGAAAACUUCGGCUCAUCGCAACACCGAAGGUUUAAUUACGAACCAACGAGUCAUCAUAGAUACGGUCCGCCACCUCCUAAUCAAAGGUACUUUAAAAAUUUCAAUCAGAAAUUUCGCGAACCUCCGAUGUUGGAUUUUCAACCUCCGAAUAACAUCCCAUUAACUCAGAAUAACCCCUCUCAUCACGUUUACGAUCAUCGUCCACCUGUACUGUCUCCGGAAACGCCGCAUUAUCGUGAACCCAAGCACAAUUUCGGAAAUCACAUGAACAGAGACACGUUUCUACCUAAAGACGAUUUAAGGUGGCGGUUGGGGGACAGCCGGACGCCUUGGGAUAGAUCAGAACACGAAUCUAGGUUUAGGGGCCCUAUGACAUACAAGGAGCAUAGGGAAAUGAGGGAAAACAGUCGGGAUCCUCGGCUCCUCAGAGAUCCUAGGAAUAACAGAGAACGUCUAACCUCGCCCGAGAACAAAUCUAGAGAAUGUAGAGAUACCUUUAAAAAUAAGGAAACCGAACCAGUCCAGAAUACCAGAGAUCCUAGGGUAAAUAGGGAUUAUACUGACAGCGAGAGAAGCAAGUCAAGAUACCGAUACGAUUCGAGAUUCGAUCGAUUAUAUUCCGCCACGAAUAAAGAUUUACCUUCUAAAUCGUUCUCAAAAGAGACUGAUACGUUUAUGUCGCCUUUGGACAGUUUGUAUUCAGGAAAAGAAACCAAAAGAACGGGCAAAGGAUACGGUGUUCAACCGUUUCGUAUACCUAAAAAGAAAAAGGAAGGCGAAAAGGACGAAAAGGAAUCCGUGGUAGACAUUGACAACAGUUCACAAGAUAGUGAACCAAAAGUUGCAACUAAAGAAUCGGUCAAACAGCUUGAACCAGAGUUCAUUGAUAAUUCUUCAGAAAUAUUUAAAGAAACAGAAGAAAAUGACAAAAAUGUUAAAGAGGACCAAGCAAUAAUAAAGACUAACAUCGAAGAUGCUAAUAUUGAGGCAAUAGAAGAAAGCGCAACUGCCACUGAAACUAAUAACGAACAAGAAGUAUCAACAGAACCUCAAGAGAAUAAUACCACAAAAACGAAUGAACCGGAAAAGAAAGAAGAACGAAAACAACCUUCCACUGAGCAAACUAUCUUAGCAAAUUUCUUCGGCAACCUCCUGUCGAGCCAAAAUAAAAAAGACAAAAAAAGCGCCCUCUAUUCUUUGAUCAGCACAUUUUCGGAUACAUUCAGUACCAAAGAGUUAGCCAAAAUAACUAAAAUCAUCAACGCCAACGAUGAAGAUGAUUCGAGUGACGAUCAAGAGAAGGUUGUUGCAGAUAAACCGAAAGAAGACAGCAAAAGCGACGAAGUCGAACAGAAACCAGUGGAAAAAGAUGAAAAAGUCGAGCCUAGUUCUGAUGUAGCCAAGGAGGAGAGUGAACCCGAAGAAGAAAUAGCCUUGCCGAAGAGAAGGUGCCGAACCCGAAGAAUAUCCUCAUACACUUCGCCUACCAAAGAUAAAUUAGACGACACCGCAAUCAAAGAAAGCGUCGAAUCUCCAGUUACUAACGACGAAGCGGAAUCGCCUACGGAUAAGGUGGUUGUCACAGUGAGUGAAAGAAUUAAAUCGCGUAAACGAGGUGCUAAAAAGCCGAAGAAGAAAUGCCGUUCCGAGUUGGAUAAAUUACACGAAGAUAUUAAGGAAAUGUUCAUUAGAGACGGGGUAUUGACGGCAUCGGGAAAACGCAUGUGCAAUUUAUUGAAAGACGAUCCGUGCGUUUUGGCUAAUGACACUUUCAAACUGGACUCCAAUGAAUCCGUGAAAGGUCGAAAGAAGCCGGUGACCAAUUUGAAGAUCGCCGACGAAAUGGCAAUGAAGGCCAUGAAGAAUGUUAGAGUUUUAAUUCAGAAGAUACCUGAUGUGGAAGAAACUGCGACGGUUAGGAGAUUGACGAGAAGUAUGACGGCUUCUGAAGACCAAUUCGACGAUUCCGCGGAAGCUAAUAAGGAAGAUUUUGAUGAAGAAGGUAACAGUGAAGUUGAAAAAGAAUCAUCUUCUAAUGCCGAUGCCCAAAAGAGACAAAAAAGAAAAAGAUUAAAGAGUAAUUGGGCGAGCGGCAUUAUUAAGAAAAAGAAGAAGAAACAGUCAAGCGCAGACGAUACGCAGUCUCAGAAAUCCACAGACGAUGAUUUGCAGUCGCAAAAAUCUUCGAACUCUGAAGAAAGUUCUUCUAUUCAUGAUAAGGGUUAUUACCUCGACUUCUCGUCGCCGAAAUCCCAGAAAUGCAAAUUAUGCGACUACAUCGGAACAAAGAUUACUACCCAUUACGUAUUCCAUCAUAAAGGAUCUGAAGUCUUGAGUUCCAGGUUUAGCCCUUCUAUGGCGACCGAGGCUAUUCAUGAUGCGAAAAAUAACUUGGCGAAAUACGAAAGUCACCAAAUGGCGAAAAACAGUCAAUUAUCAUACACUUGUCGUUUUUGCCAGUUUCAAGCCUACGCGAUUCCUACAAUUUUCUACGAUCACUUAUCAAGGCAUACUGGCGAAUACAGGCACUUGUGUCCGAAUUGCCACGUUGCUUAUCGCACCAACAAAGUACUUAAAGCUCACAUGAAGACCAAACACUUGGAGGACAAAAAGCCUAUAGUACGCAAAUCACAUGAUAAUGUGAUACUCUUCGGUUAUCUCUGCGGCAAAUGUAACUAUGUACAAAUCCUUAAAGAAAAUAUGGACAAGCACGUGAAGGCGCACCAUUCGCAUGAUUCCGUAGUUCACAAGAUCAAUUUAUCCACGCACUUCGACGAGAGGAUCGAAACGUGGAAUCAUAAAGUUAAUACCAAAGAGAGCAAUGCAAAUACAGAUUCGAGUAAUAAGAAAAGCGGGGACAAAAAAGUCGCAAAAUCGUCGGAACCUAUCAAAAAGAAAUAUCCCAUUCGCACGAAGUAUACGAAAAAGGACGACGAUUCCCAGUCGAGUGAUAAGGACGGCGAUGAUAAUUCAUCCGAAGAAGAAGAAAGCGCCCCGACAUUACAAAAUGAACAACAGCAAGUCAGUAAAGUAGACUCGUUUAGGCCAGUUAGAGCGAAACGGGCAGCAAAGGAAAAGGCCCAAGAAAAAAUGAAAGUUAUAAUGGAAAUGGGCGAGGUUCCAAACCGAAAGAAAACUAGUUUAGCCGAAAAUAAUGAAGACUCAACUAAUAAACUGGAAUUUACUCCUGAAAAUAAAAAACACAAUACCUUUAUUACAAAAGAACCAAUGAAAGACGCUAGCAAAGAGAUCAAACAGUCUGUGUAUACCAGUGUAACUGACUAUGAAGACGACGAUAAAAAGAACAAAUUGAUUGAUACCGUCGGUAAAGAUAUAGUGAAAGUUAAGAAAGAAGUGGAAAUGAAUGUUUUCACCUGCAACACGGACAUUCAAGAAGAAAAUAAAAAAAUCGAACAAGAGCGAUUACAAAAAAUGGAAGAACUGAACAGAUCGUUCGGAUCCAGGACAUCCUUAAAUUUCGUAGACAAAUUGUGCGAUCGUCUCAAUCAAAGCAACGUUACGAUAAAAGAUGAGCCGCAAGAGGAGUUUGUGGAUACUAAAUACCACACUCUGUCGAGCAAAUCGCCGGAUAUUUCGCCAAUUUUAGAGAAGACUGCUACAUUGGCAGCGGAUAAAGCGCCUGCUCAAAGUAGAGUAUCAUUACUCGAAUCUCUGAAUUCCAACGUUGCGGCGCAUACUUUCGACGUAGCUCAGAAGAAUGACAAAAACAUCAUGAACAUGAUUGAAAAGCUCAAAGGAAACUUGGGCGUCGACGAUAAUUUCAAACUGGAAGAUCAAGAUGUCGAUGAAAUAGAUAACGAUAGUCCUCCGCCAUUGACAUACAUUAAUCAGAUAAAAUCGCAAAACUUGCCAGUAAAGACGCUUGAAAUUUGUGGUCUGUUGAAAGUAGUCAAAACCGAAGAAUCAACCACGUUUUCUUGUCUCGUACCACCAUGCGUUUUCUUCACGGAAAAUGAACAACAUUUCCACGACCAUUGCAAAGAAGGCCAUGUAAGCGGUCUUUGGGGAAGGAGCAGUUCCUUAUGCGAAAUGUGCGGAAUGGAAAUUAAUAAGACUGAUGACGCGAAUCUACUGGAGAACGUAUAUAAACACUUGUUUAUUCACCACGGCGAUUUCAUUAAAAGCAGUAGUAAACUUCAGCCUGUUCCUGCCACCAGUAUGAUAAGAUUAAGGAAACUAAGCGGUGAUGCUUUAUCGUUAAGCGCUUCCUUAGACGUGGAACAUAAUGACGUUGCAAAUGUUGACAUUACGAAUCAAACUUCCAUCGAGCAGUCGGAGUCUGCAAAAGAAACGGACGAUAAUCCUUUUUCUUUCAAAAUUACCGACGUUAUUUCUCUGGCCGGAUGCGAACCUCAGGUGCCUGAAGACGAAGAUAAACUGCAAAUAUCUCUUAACGAGAGCCGUGCACCAGGACUCGUUGCCGAACAUCAACCUACUGUCAUUCGACCGACUGUAUCUCUUGGCGAAUGCCAACCUCCUCCAUUGACUCCUAUACUAAAAGUAACGAGGCCGUUGCUCGUCAAAGAGGCUAAAAUGUCGACCGCCGACAUUUUGAAACCCAAAAAAUCCACACAAGCUCUAAACAAAUUCAUCGCGGAAGUGGGAAAUUUGUACAAAUGUCCACAAUUCACUUGUACCUACAGCACGAUCGUAAGAGAACUUCUAGAGCAGCAUUUGAAAACGCACGAUUUCGAUAAAAACGAAAUGGUGCCGUGCGUUUACUGCGACUUGCGAACGCCAUGGGAACAUGUCGGUGUACACAUUGACAUAAGGCACAGCAACUGCAAAUUCACCUGUUCGUAUUGUCUGUAUCGCGCGUGCGCCAAGAAUUACGUGUUUCUGCACCAGGACAAGGUCCAUCCGUUCCAGGACUAUUCCGUUAUCGUUUUGCGCGCACAGAAAAAUCAGAAGAAAUUCCACAUCGCCGAUUCCAAAAUCGACCUGAAGACGUUGUGUGAACCAUUUAGAUGUCAUAAAGCUUGUAACGUGCAAUUCCUUUUCGAAAACGAAUUCACCGAACAUUUGAAUCAGUACCAUUACGGCCAGCGGUUUUUCACUUGCGGCCACGAAGAUUGCUCCAGUAGAAUGAUCAUCAGUAAAAUGGUGCACCAUUGGUCGGUGGCUCACGCCGUAUCGACUUAUCAAUGCGCUUACUGCAAAACCAACUCCAAUGAACUGAAGUUGAUGUAUUACCAUUUGGCGAUGUCGCAUCAGCAUUUGCUACCGGAGAUAUUCGUCAGGAUCGUGUCACCUAAACCGAAUUACACGUUGGGGUACAACGACGAAGCUUUUAAACGCAUGAGAAAAAUUACUUCGUUGCCCAAUAUUUUGGAAGGCUGGCGAGAAGAAAAGCUGGCGGUGCCAUGUCACGAUGUGACGGUACCCGUUUCGCCGGUAAAAGUGGCGUCUGCCCAGAGCAACGCCUCGAACAAAAGUCCUUUGGCAUCAACAUCAGUAAAACUGUCUCCUGGUUCAACUGUAACGGCCACUUCCGACGGUUUGCUACUCGUAGCCAGUAAAAGUGUCGGCGCUAUAAAAUUAGGAUCGCCUUUGGGCAAUCCACUGAUUGCGGUAAAAUCGCCCGAAUCGAAAUUAAACCUUUCGGGAACAAAUUCCCUGUUAAUUCCAUCGAUUAAUUCCAAUAUGCAGACCUCUUUGCUUAAUACCGCUAAGACUAUUCAAGAGGAAUCCAUUCCAUCCAACUCUGGACAACAGUUGGCGAACGCGACAAUAACCUCGACGGCAACCUCUCCAUCUUUCAAUACCAACGCGACUUCAACGUCAUCGUCGAAUCUAGACGUCAGCGUCCCGGCGCGACCGGACGACAUAAAUUCGAACGUGGCGCCUUUGGAACACAUAAAUUUGCACGAAGAAAACAACCAAGAUUACGUAUCGGAGAGCGAAGUCGAUCCGUUGGAUCUGGGCGACGCCAACACCUUCCUCAGCCUGACCUACAGCUCCGAAGACGAGGGGGACAACGGCAAAGCGAAGAAAAAAAUCGGUUUGUUGGGCUACCAGUUGUUCCGGUGCGCUUUCUGCGAGUUUUCCUGUUCGAACGGUAACGAUUUCAAGAAACACGUGACGAAAUCGUCGACGUGCCGAUCUGCGACGAAUUCGAACAGACCGUUCGAAUGCGUGCAUUGCAAGAAGGCCUUCAAGCAUUCGCACGUUUUAGUGGAACACGUCCAUACGCACGGCGUACUUAGGUACUCGUGUUCGUUGUGCGGAAACAAAUUCCCGACUUGCAGUCAGGCUAGAACACACAUGAGAAGUCGUCACAGUAUCACUCAAACCACACAAACUCUUCUCAAUUCUGCGAGCACUUCAUUUUCAAUGGGCAACGAAGAAUUCAUCAUUAAACCGAAAUUGCUAUUGGAUGAGUCUGUUGCCGUUAACGAAACAACAUCUGAUGAAUUAUCUGCCGACGUAUUAAAUUCGAAGAACGUAUAUAAUCCCGAUGAAAUUGACAAAAUUCCCAUUAGGUCCAUAUUUAUCACAAACUUACAAUGUGGAGUUUGUACUUACGCUACGAAGGUUCGGACUAACUUGGUUAGGCAUUUGCAAUUUCAUUUGCAAGAGAAAGCGGUGCCCGUCAGUGCUCCUGUGAAUCCCGUACCGUGUUUGGAGAAAAACGAGAAAAUGUUCGACAAAAUGGUAAAUCUCGCGUCGAGUUCUCACAAAUCGGGCAGUCGUAUGGGAUCGUCUACUGCGAAAACUGAGAAUAAAGAUGCGGUCAAAUGUCCGGAGUUUGUGCCGUCUCACACGAGGUACGCCUGUUGCGCGGAAAGUUGCAAUUACCUUUGUCCCGAAGAGGCGAAUCUCCGUCAUCAUCUCACCGCUCUGCACGAUGGAGAAACCAGUUUCGUUUGCGUCCAUUGCAAAGUACCGAUCGUUCCCGCCGAUGCCGAAGCUCUAAUUAAACACCUCAAAUUGCACGGUUUGCAGCUUUACAAAUGCCAGUAUUGCAGCUUCCACCACAAUCUGAAGCACAAGGUCGAAAGGCACUCGAACGACUCGCACAUCGAUUUGCCCAACAAAGUGGUCACCGUGAGAAACUUGGAGUCGGAGACGUCGGACGAUACUAAUUCCUCGGCGCCCGCCAAUCAAAACAAAUCGAGCAAACUGUGGAGGUGUUUGAUGUGCAAAUUCCGAGGUAACAGCGAAGAGGCCAUACGGAGUCACGUGUGGGACAAGCACGAGAUCGAUUCGCAAUACAAAUGCGCGCUUUGCUUGUACAAAACCGACGAUAAAAGCACGUUUUCGAGCCAUUACAACGACCACCAUCCGAACUACGACGUACACAUUAUCAGCAGUUACAGGCAAAAUACCGAACAAGCGAACAAAGAUGAUAAAGAAAUCAACAAUUUCGAUACGACACCGUUGUGGCAAAGGGACCGACCUAGGAUCAAACACAUCCGGGGCAUUUUGUUCGACGAAUCGGUGCCGAGUUCCUCGAAAAGUCCGAAUAAAAAAGUGGGUAAAUCGUCCGGAGCUGCGGCUAAGAACGUCUCGAAGAAUUUAGACUUGGCCAUCGAAUCCGUUGCAAAGGGAGAUUCAGUUCUACCCGAUCCCGAUAGCAAAAGUUCGAAUUCGGCCAAGAAAUCGGAAGAUGACGAAGUUUGCGAGCUAGCCGAAGGUACAUCCGAUGUUAUCGUCAUCGAUGAUGAUGAUGACAACGAAGGGGCCUCUACUGCAUCUAAAACCGCAGCUAAGCCUCAGACGAAACGAAAACGUCUUAGGUUAGUUGCUGUAGGUCCAAAAGAUAAAUUGCUCAGACUGGAAGGUAGUACCGAUGUUAGCAAUGGCAAAACUAAUGAUGCUAAAAGUGACAACGUCGAUGUUGAUGAUGACGACGACGAAUCUGAGAAAAGUUUGAAAUUGUCGUUUGGCGAAUUCGGAUUACCUUUGAAUAAACAACUAAAAUGUCCCAAGUGUGAAAAAUUCAAAUCGAAGCGGAUAUCCGAUUUUAUGUUCCAUUUGUUUAAAGAAAAUCGCGUUCACAGGUACAAAUGUGGCAUUUGCGGCGAUGAGAGCAUAACGUACCGUUACAUGUCGAAGCACGUUAAAGAACACGGCCACAAAUUCAACAUCAACGAUAUAAUUCCCAUGAAAAAGAACAUUCGUUUGGAGCUCUGGUUGCAAAUGCUGAUCAAAUCGCAAUGUACGAAAAUCGCGCCGAUUCUUACACACAUUCCUGACGCUUCGCCCAGCGAUAAAAACAAAGUGUCUUGUCGGUAUUGCAGCAGAUGGUUCAAAUCGGAGCAAGAUCGCAUCGAACACACCCUUACUCAUUGGUUCGCGAUGCCGUUCAAGUGCCUCGAAUGCAACCGUACCACGUACAAUCGCGACCAAAUGGAAAAGCAUUUCGCUCAAUCCCAUCGAGGUGUCGCCCUUAAUUUCAACGAAGUCGGUCCUACCGUUGCCAAGGAGCUUCAGCAUUCCGAUUACUUGCACAUGAAAGAGGUGGAGGAACAACAUUUAUUUAAAAACAACGACGAGGAGGUGCCGAUUCCACCCUCGCCCUAUGCCGAUACGACGGGCGAAUCCAAGCAGCAAAACAGUACUGAGGCAGAAAAACCGGCAAAAGCAGCUGUUCCAAUAGAAAAACCUUUUAAAGUAAGUGAUUACAAAGUACUACCGGUCGAAGAAUUGGUAAUAAUUAGCAAAACCGACAGUAACGUUCCGCAAAACGGAGACGUGUACUGCUGCGAUUACUGCGCCUACAUGUCGAAUUCCGAACCGAUAAUGAUGGAUCAUUUCUUCGAGGAUCAUCAAAACGCCAACGUGAAAUUCAAAGUGUUGAAUCAACGAAUUUGCAAUUCGAAAAAGGAAGAUUACAUCGGUUGCAUGUUCUGCGACGAAGUGGGAUCGGAGAUUACGAUCAGGCAACAUCAUAUGAACGUACACGAACAUGAAACGUUUCUGUAUUACAGGUACACCUGUAACAUUUGCAAAAAGAAAUUCUUGAAAACCACCGGCCUCAAAUUGCACAGCCAGCGAAUUCAUCCGGACGCCGCUGUUACCUAUACGGACGUGUUUAAUAAUAUCAUAACCAGUGCGGCCGAAAAAGUUUCCAAAGAAAAAGUCCAAUCUACGAACGUUGCGGCGCCCAACAGGAAUUUAUUGUCGUUACUCACGCCUGCGGCCAAGAUUUGGAAACGUUACCAAUGCACCGAGUGCUCUUACAGAAGAGAUUUUCCCUCUUCUAGUAUUACAAACGUGAGGAAUCACGUUAAAACGCACUUUAAGGCGUACGCAUGUGAGGAGUGCGGUUUGAAGUUUAAAAACAAACCGGAUGCUUUAGUGCACUUUCGCAAAGAUCAUCCAGACGCAGAAGAAUGCAUUUUAUACGACAAAGACGUACAAGACUCCUUCAACGAAUGCAUGCGCAUAAUUCAAAGUGAAGCUAUUCGGAUAGAAAAUCCCAAUACCCACCAUAUAUCAACCACAUCAAAGGAAUGCGCAACAGCCAGAAAAUCCACGUCGGCCUUUUACUAUCGACCUUUGGAGGAGUUCAGUUAUUACGGAAAUCCCGUUGAGAAAUUAGAUAUGAGCAAGAUAAUGUCUACCGUAGAAAUCAAUGGAAUAUGCAUGGACAUGACGGCGGACAAGUUGGGAAAACUGUUCGAUUUGGAUCCGAUCGUGGAAGUUAUAAAAAUGCAAACAUCAGAUGAGGAAUCUGAGGAUGUCGACAUUGUUUCAUGACCUGAGCUAAACGCCAUUGAUUUUAUGCUGGAUGAUUUUAGUGUAGAUAGUUUCGAAUUGGAAAGUAUCAUUCCUUCGAUGGAUCAUUUGCUCAACGAUCAUGAAUAUUUCAAAGAUUGGGACGAUUAGGUGGCUGAUUGCAUUCAGGAUUUGUAAAAUUUUUUCUUUCAUUUUCAUGAAAUAGUUACGACUACGUUUAUUUAUGUACAUUUGUUCCUAUUGUAAAUAUUAUAAGAUAGGUAAUUUAAGUGAUACACAAAUUAGUUUUUUUUAUACCAGAGGAUACAAAUACAUUAGUUUUGUGUUUUUUAUUUGUGGUAAUACUUUUAACGAAAAAUACGUUUAUCUACCAAUAUCAAUAGGCCUUAUGCAAUAUCACUCUUUUUUCCUUUAUAUGAGACUAAUGGAACUUGUCUUUGUUGUACUCAUAUUGCGUACAACUUUGCAAUUACCUGUAGUUUAAUCAUACAAAUUUCGUGUAAUUUUGUCUUCGUUUAAUGCAUAAAAAUAAGGAUUUAACCAACAUCAACAUGGGAAGAAAAUAAGUUAUGUCUUAAAAAUUAGUACAACACUUUAACUAAUGCAUCAACGAUCAGUCAAUGGUAAUAAAUCCGCAGUUAGUUCGCUAUCGCACAAACGCGGUGGUCCCGUAAUGUGUCCUUUACUUCUCAGAUUCAAUUCGGUUUUUUUAAUCUUCCAAUUGUCAUCACAAAAAGGAUCUCUCGCUAAGGCAAACACUUGUUCGAACACUCCCACGCACGUCUGUUGGUUGUGUAAAGUUCCGCAAGAGAGGACUGUCACUAAACCAUGAGGAUCCAUCAAUCCUCGCGUACCUUCCUUAGAGACGUUGGGAUUAAAGGUGAGAUUGUACUGCAUUUUGAUUUUAAUUAGAUGCUCUGCGAUGCCUUCGGGGUCAUUUUCGAUUGUGGAAGUGUCACGGUCGUUUUGCGAAUGGAAAUUAACGGUGAAAAUUGCGUCUGAAUAAAAAUGCUCGCAGCCUACACCUUUGUCGUUUAGUAAGGAAUAAAACCAAGAUGAGAAUUGCUCGGCAAGCAGAGAAAUGGGGUCAUCUUUACUCUGUUCUUGAGCUGUGCUGUUGUUUUGACUAGUUAUUUUUUGGUUGGAACAGGAUUCAAGGGAACCCACUGAGGAAAUAUUCCAAUAUUCAAGAAUUUUGUCUAUUAAUUCAUUUUUAGUAACUGGUAACUUGAUGGUUACAUUUUGUUCAUGCAAGUAUGAGAACAAAAUCUCUCUAGUAACACUUUUUCUUCUUAAUAUACUCAAAACGUCUGGGGAAUGUUUCAAAAUUGCUUUUACGGCUUCAUUGGAAUUUAUUUUUAAUAGUCCUUGGGUUGUUGUUCUUGCCAAUGUAAAUAAACUUUCCGAAUCUAGUUUCGUCAGAAAUUCUACAAUCCUAGUAUUCUGAGCCAUUAUAAAAUUGGAAUAUGUUUUACAUUGUAUAAAUAUAAAUAAACAUUGACAAAUAUUGAAUAUUUUUAAGGUUAUAUUCUUC